AUGCAAAGAAGGAGAUUGUUUAUUAAAGGUGUAAAAAAAUUUGAUUUAUUUGCUUAACCUAUCUAACUAUUAGUAAAUGAAAAAGAAUAUCAUCAAACAAUUUUUGGAUCAAUACUUACACUUGGAUUGUUGUUACUGUUCUCAAAUUUAUUAUACUCCAAAUUAAUUUCUUUAUUCGAUCGCAAUAAUCCAACUUCCUUAAGUUCUGAAAUCUAUCACUCUUAACCAGAGAUUUAUUAAUUGUUACCAUAGAAUUUUACGAUGACUUUUGCAUUUUAAAAUUCAACUUAUCAUACAUAUAUAGAUGAUUCAAUUUAUGUAGUUAAAGCAUAAUUAGUACAUAAAUAUGAAAAAGUUGUUGAUGGUAAUAAAAAUGAAGUUUGGAAUAAAUAAGAAUUACCCUUAAUAGAAUGCAGUUCUGAUAUAAUUAAAUAAAAAGAUUUAAGUGAAUAUUUUUCACAUUUUGAUUUACCAACAAAUUAUUGUAUUGAUUGGAAUAAAAUUGAUAAAAUAAAUCUUGAAGGAACAUUCGAUGCACCUGCUUAUUAAUAUAUUUUAAUAUAAUUUUUUAUUUGUACAGAAGAAACUAAAAAAAGUAAAUAGUGUAAAGAAUAAUAAGAAAUUAAAAAAGCAUUAGAAUAAAAUUAUUUCUCAUUCUAAAUAUCUUCAUAUACUACAAAUUUAAUGAAUCCAAACUCUCCUUAUAAUCCAAAAGGUCAAGAUUUAUUUACAACUAUAUCUAGCAAUAUUUAUAAAGAAAUAUCAAUAUAUCUAGAACCAUUGACCACUUUAACUGAUGUUGGUCUCAUUGAAACUGAAUUAGAAUAUUAUAAGACUUUGAGAUAUGGUAGACAUACAGAAAUGCUGGACAUUAGUUCAAAUGAUUUAAUUAUGAAUGUAGUCGUUAGAUUAGAUACAACUGAGUAUGUUGAUUAUAGAACCUAUUCUAAAAUUUAAGAGAUCUUAGCUGAAUUAGGAGGAUUAUGGUAAGUCUUAUUCAGUUUUUUUUAUAUCAUUUCAAAACCUAUAAAUAGAAUUAGUAGAUAUCUAUAAUUAAUUAAUUCAUUAUUUGAAUUGAAUGAUUCUGAAGAUCAAGAUGAAAAUAUAUGUUAUUAACAAUAUUCUUUACUUAGAUAAGCAUAAGAUAUAUCUCCAAUGUCAAUUUAAAUUCCAUAAAUUGAAACAAAAACUUAACAAAAAGAUGGAUUAAAAAAUAAACUAAAAUAGGAAGAACCUAAGAAAAGAAAAGAAUCUUCAGUGAAGCCUUAAAAAACUAUUCUUACAACAUAUGCUGAAUAUUUACAGAGAGUCAUUAUCAGAAAAAAAAAGAAACUAGAAUUUGGAUAUUUUGAAGCCUUUUAGAAACUUAAAUGCAUCAUAACAUAAGUAUAUCUUAUUAUUACAAUAAUAGGAUAAUGAGAGAAUUAAAUAGUUUCAAAUAGCAUAAAAAUAAAUUAUGAGUUAAUUAAAUAUAGUAGAAAUUUUAAGGAAACUUAGGGAUGUUGAAAAAUUAAAAUAUAUCAUAUUUAAUGAAAACCAAAGAUUAUUGUUUGAUAAUUUUCCUAGCAUUUAAUAUCAGUAAAUUGAAGAUAAACAUGAUAGAUUUGAUUAAUAACAUAAGCUUUCUGCCUAAGAUGCAAUUCUUUAAAUAAUUGGAGACUAAAAUAAUGAAAUGAAUUAGAAAUUACUAGCUUCCUUAGAUUAAACAGUAAGUAAUUUAUUAAAAAAUUGUCAGCAUGAUCAUCCUGAAAAAUGA